UACUCAAACAAUGCAUCACUGUGUUUAUUAAAAGCCUCCUAAUCAUUAAUUAAUUGAUCAAAUUCGUCCGAACUCACCGUAUUAAUUAUGCAUCGGAAGUUUUCCGACGUCUACCGAAGCUGAUUUUCACAUACCCGGAUGCAGCGUAAUGGAUGACGAGGUAAGCACAUGACAAUGAUUUUAUGUGAAAAUAAAAUUAUUUAUAUUCAGUGGAAGGUGUAUUGCAAGCCUAUUCAUUCUUUAAAGUAUUAUUUCAUCCAUUUCUAUUAAUAAACCGUAAAAAUUAGUGAAAUUUGUUUCCUUUCGAUGUUGUGUACGUAGAAACAUGAAUGGGGUACCCCAAGGGGUAUUAUUACUUUUAUUUCAAUUACGUUAUAUAAUAUAAAUCAUCAUCAUAAAUUGUGAUCGUUUCAUACUUACAAACUAUAUUAUUAUAUACGGAAAAAUAGGUUAUGAAAAUUUGAUUAGCAUCAGAAUCGAGGUGUAGUGUCUCCAUAUCACCAGUUCACAACUGACGUUUUGACGUAAUGUUUGUUAUCACAGACUCCUGAUUUUAUUUUAUUUUUAUUUACCAACAAAUCGCUCAAUAAAACCAAAGAUCGAAAAAUUCUACCCCUUCUAUUGAUAAAGUAUGAUGAAAAAAUCCUACUCCUAGUACUUUAUAUAUACAUUUAUAAAGGGGUUGGAUUUUUUGGGCCAUAUUGAAUCACUUUUUAUAAACAAAAUUCAUGUGCCUGUGUUAUAUGUUAUAGAAUUUACAUAUCAAUAAUAAAUAAAAGAUUUUACUCCUUAUAAAUAUGCAAUUCCAUUUGACAAUAUUUUGAACAUUUAAAAAAACAUAUUCUAUAUAAGAGGAUAAGCUACGUACAUAUGUAUAUUAGGCUUACUUGUAUAUUAUGAUUACCUCCACCCUAGUGCCCUCCACUUACCAUCCCAUAGACAAAUUUAUACAUACUCUAAAUGCAACUUAUACAGGUUUCAAGAAGUUCUAUGUCUGAUAGAGAGUCUUCCUCUAGCCCCGAGAGACCAAGCAGGGGCAGAGCCAGAGGGAGAGCCAGGGCUAGAGGUAGAGCAAGAGGGCAGGGUCCAGCUCGGAGACGGGGUGCUAGAGCUAGAGGAAUAUGCAGGGGGCCAAACAGACACGAGACGCUCAGACAGCGUGUAAUAGACCGAAAUCUUCAACUAAGGAAUCGUGUUGCCGAGAUGACGGAGGAUGCAUUGAGAGAAUUAGUGAUGAGCGUCUGUGAGAGAGACCCAUCACUAAUUCUCGACAUCGUCGAUCGGGCAUCUCAAGCUGAAGCCGCUCAAGGUGGAUAUCAUCCACUGCCCGGAAGCAAUUCCCCCAAUUGGUGUGUGUGCAGCAAGUGUCGGGAGAUGCCCACCGAGGAGGAGAGGGUGUGCUGCAGGCAAACACCUUCCAACUGCCUCUCUACUUUGCCAGACUUUGACCUGAUAGUUCUAGACCCAUUAGUUUUGAUGGUAGCUCGUCGGUACAGACAGGAUGUCCUUGCUGCUGGUGAGGACGACGACUUUAACCGGAGCAAUCGCCACGCAGGAUACCAGCAGUUUAUCCUCUGGCAGCAUGGGCAUUUGGGGGCAGGAAACCGCCGUGUCAUUCCAAGCUGCUGCAAGUGGAGGAUAAGAGAUACUUAUCCUGACAGUUUUGGACAAUAUAGGGGAUUUGUGGGUGGCCGUCUGGGAUAAUAUACAUGUAUAUUAAUAAACAGCACUAAUGUUCAAAUUUCAAGUUUCUUUUAUGUUGAGCAAACACCUACAUGUAUAUCAUAAAAACUGUUCACAUGGAACACAUAUCUAAUUUAAUUCAAAAUUACAUGCAAAUGUAAAAGCAGAAAAAUUGCUAGAUCUCAAGAUGUUAUUCUUUGAAAAAACUACAUGUACACUUUAUGUAAACGUGCAUCUAGAUAAAAAAAUAAAGCACACUCAUGAAAUGGGAAAGUUCCACUUAAAAUCACCUUCCCUUAUGAAGAGCUUUGUGAUCAAGAAGUAUAGAAAACCUCUUAAAAAUCCAAUGAUAAAUAACAUGACUAUCAAUUGAAUAUCAAUUUAAGUACAUGAAAGCACGCCUCAUAGCUAAUCAUAGACAUGUAAAAUGUAUGUCUAUC